CCCUCCACGCCGGGACUGGGUUGUGGGGGAGGGAGGCGGUUAGUGGGCUUUAGCGCCUUUUUUGGCGGCGGUAGAUUUGAAGCGGUUUAAAGGACCGGACCCCGAGAAGAGGAGACCGUACUGGUGCGGGCUGUUGUCAGGGUUGUCUUCCCCUGCUGUCAAGUGUACAAGUAUGCAGACAUCCUAGGUUAGAAAAUUUGGAUUUGUUUCUGGCUCAACCAUCUUCCUGAACCUCAGUUUCUUCGUCUAUAAAAUGACAUUUUGAUUCCAAACUGUCAUCAGCUGUGGGCUUCAAAAAUAGAUAUUCAGGAGUGAAAGGAUUGGAUCAAUUUGUCCCUGAUUUUUUUGUCUUUAAAGGUUGAAGUAUUGGAGCCAUGGGAAUAAAGGUUCAGCGUCCAAGAUGUUUUUUUGACAUCGCCAUUAAUAAUCAACCUGCUGGAAGAGUUGUCUUUGAAUUAUUUUCUGAUGUGUGCCCCAAAACAUGCGAGAACUUCCGUUGUCUUUGUACAGGUGAAAAGGGGACAGGGAAAUCAACUCAGAAGCCAUUACAUUAUAAGAGUUGUCUCUUUCACAGAGUUGUCAAAGAUUUUAUGGUUCAAGGUGGUGACUUCAGUGAAGGAAAUGGUCGAGGAGGGGAAUCUAUUUAUGGAGGAUUUUUUGAAGAUGAGAGUUUUGCUGUUAAACACAACAAAGAAUUUCUCUUGUCAAUGGCCAACAGGGGGAAGGAUACAAAUGGUUCACAGUUCUUCAUAACAACGAAACCAACUCCUCAUUUAGAUGGCCAUCAUGUUGUUUUUGGGCAAGUGAUUUCUGGUCAAGAAGUUGUGAGAGAGAUAGAAAACCAGAAAACAGAUGCAGCUAGCAAACCAUUUGCUGAGGUGCGGAUACUCAGUUGUGGAGAGCUAAUUCCCAAAUCUAAAGCUAAGAAAGAAGAAAAGAAAAGGCAUAAAUCAUCAUCCUCAUCAUCAUCCAGUGAUUCAGAUAGCUCAAGUGACUCUCAGUCCUCUUCCGAUUCUUCUGAUUCUGAAAGUGCUUCUGAAGAGAAAUCAAAAAAAAGAAAAAAGAAACAUAGGAAAAAUUCCCGAAAACACAAGAAAGAAAAGAAGAAGCGAAAGAAAAGCAAGAAAAGCGCAUCUAGUGAAAGUGAGGCUGAAAAUCUUGAUGCCCAACCGCAGUCUACUGUCCGUCCAGAAGAGAUCCCUCCUAUCCCUGAAAAUCGAUUCCUAAUGAGGAAAAGUCCUCCUAAAGCUGAUGAAAAGGAAAGGAAAACCAGAGAGAGGGAGAGAGAGAGAGAGUGUAAUCCACCUAAUUCCCAGCCUGCUUCAUACCAGAGGCGACUUUUAGUUACUCGGUCUGGCAGGAAAAUUAAAGGAAGAGGACCAAGGCGUUAUCGGACUCCUUCCAGAUCCAGAUCAAGGGAUCGUUUCAGACGUAGUGAGACUCCUCCACAUUGGAGGCAAGAGAUGCAGAGAGCUCAAAGAAUGAGAGUAUCAAGUGGUGAAAGAUGGAUCAAAGGGGAUAAGAGUGAGUUAAAUGAAAUAAAAGAAAAUCAAAGAAGCCCAGUUAGAGUAAAAGAGAAAAAAAUAACUGAUUACAGGCAUGUGUCUGAGAGUCCAAACAGAAACAGUGAAAAGGAAAAGAAAGUUAAAGACCAUAAAUCUAACAGCAAAGAGAGAGACAUCAGAAGAAAUUCAGAAAAAGAUGAUAAAUAUAAUAAAAACAAGGUGAAGAAAAGGGCCAAAUCUAAAAGUAGGAGUAAGAGCAAAGAGAAAUCCAAGAGUAAGGAAAGAGAUACAAAGCAUAAUAGACAUGAAGAAAAGAGGGUGAGGUCAAGGAGUAAAGAAAGGGAUCACGAGAAUGUUAAAGAAAAAGAAAAGUCUGAUUCUAAAGGAAAAGAUCAGGAAAGGAGUAGAAGUAAAGAGAAGUCUAAACAGUUAGAAUCAAAAAGUAAUGAGCAUGAUCAUAAUAAAAAUAAGGAAAAGGAUAGACGCGCACAGUCUAGGAGUAGAGAACGUGAUAUAACUAAAGGCAAACACAGUUACAAUAGUAGAACAAGGGAACGGAGCAGAAGUAGGGACAGGAGCAGAAGAGUGCGAUCUAGAAGCCAUGACCGAGAUCGCAGCAGGAGCAAGGAGUACCAUAGGUACAGAGAACAGGAGUACAGGAGAAGAGGAAGGUCACGAAGCCGAGAGAGAAGAGCAACACCAGGAAGAUCCAGAAGUAAAGAGAGGAGGAGGAGGAGGAGAGAUUCACGGAGCUCAGAGAGAGAAGAAAGUCAAAGCAGAAACAAAGAAAAAUAUAGAAACCAAGAAAGUAAGAGUUCACACAGAAAAGAAAAUUCUGAGAGUGAAAAGAGAAUGUACUCCAAAAAUCGUGAUCAUAGUAGCUCAAAUAAUAACAGGGAAAAAAAGGCUGAUAGAGAUCAAAGUCCAUUCUCAAAAAUAAAACAAAGUAGUCAGGACAAUGAAUUAAAGUUCUCCACAUUGAAAAAUAAGGAGGAUGAGAAGACCAGAUCCUCAGUGGAAAAAGAAAACCAAAAAUCAAAGGGUCAAGAAAAUGACCACGUACAUGAUAAAAAUAAAAAAUUUGAUCAUGAAUCAAGCCCUGGAACAGAUGAAGACAAAAGUGGAUGAGUGAAUUGUGUAAACUUCUUAUUUCCAUUCUGUCUCAAAUUUUAAGUUUUAGAGACUUGCUCAUGAAUCUCCUUUUUGUUGUUUUCCUCUUUUCAUUGUUUUUGGGUUGUUUUAUGUUUGUCCCUUUUUUUUUUUAACGUGAACUUUAUUGAGUUGAUCUUUUGAUAAUCUGCAACCUGGAUAAUUUGUACUGCUAAAGUUUUAAUAAACUUGAAAUGAGAAAAACACUUUGGUGUAAUACUGUGUGCUGUGUUUAACUAUUUCAUGUAUGAAUUUUUGUGUUGCAACAAUCAGCCAAUAGCACACGUGCUGUUUUGCACCCUAAUUUGUGUGAUUGGCCUGUAAGAAACAAGCAUAACUGAUUGUUGGAAUACAUUGUUACAAAAAACUUGUGUUUCUCAUAAUUAAAGUAACUUUAGAAGCCACUAGAUAGAAAAAAUCUUGUAUAGAUUUUCUGAUUACAUUUAUAAUAGAGGCUGGCAGCAGUAGCUUUUAAUUACACAGAAGCAGGAUCCUAAUAACUUGAGAUCUUAAAUCAUCACUUUUGAUUUUAUAGUAAUUUGUGCUUUAAAAUAGAUCAGUAUUUAGUUAUUUAUAUUGCACUUCAUAUGUUAUACUUUAUAGUUCCACUGUAGCUUGUUUCAUACUAAUAUUUUUCCUGUCUGGUUUUGUUUUACUUAACUCUAUAAAAAUAGUUGAGUAUUUUUUUCAGUUGAUGUACUGAUUGAGCUUGACUUGCUGUUAUACAGCAUCUGACAAGAACUAUACCUUGGAAGAUCAGAUUGUAAUUCUCAAUUCUGUGUCACUUUUGGUCUGAAGAAAUGAAACUUUUGCUUUUUGGGAACAUUGUUUUUAUUAUUAUCAUUAUUACCCUUCUCUAAAGUGAAAUAAAAUAUACCACUUGUGCAGGUCUUUAAGUUAGACAGAUUCUAAACAAAUUGUCAGUAUUGACACAUUAGCUUCCAGAAUUUCUCUUUUUUGGCCACUGACCUAUAUAGAGUUGAGUGUUAACUCAGCAUAGUUGUUGUUUUGUUUUUUAACUUAAACUGACUUCUCUCUCAUAGCUGUGAAUUUCAAAUGGCAAGAAAAAUGCAUCUUUUCUAUAUAUGUAUCACAAUAAGCUAUAGCAUGUUUAUGACUCUAGUUUCUUUCUAUUCAGGUGGCUUUAUACCAUUACUGUUGACAUUAUUUUAACUUGGCAUGUAUAACAUUGCCACAUGGAGUAAAAAGUUGCAAAAUUUGACAGCUUACAGAGUUAAACACUAAAGGUAUCCAAAAUCCAUUUAGAAUUCUGUGUUGUAUAUUGCUAUUUUUGUGAUGUGUGGCCUUUUAUUCUGUAAUUUCUCUUCUAAAUAAAAAUUCAACAUCCAGCAAACACAAAACCUGCCUCAUUUGAAAAGAAAUUUCAGAAUUCCAAUGAAUAAUAGCCUCUAGAGUGUUUUUGUACUUUAAUAUUUGUGAAUAUAAUGUCAACUCUAUUACCAAGGUAGCUUCUUGGUAAACCCAGUAGCUGUUUACUGCUGUUUGUACUGAACAAAGCAAUGCUUAACAUAAUACUUCCCAUUAUUGAUUAAUACAGUAAUGAUUAAUUUCACAUUGUGGUAGCUGUUUGUAUAAUGAAUAGGGUGAUGAUUAUAAGACUGUUUGGAAUAUCUUGAAACAAAUAUCCACAGUGGGGUCUUUCCAAAUUUUUUUCCUUAUGAUAAAGGUAAUAGAUAUUUAUUAUAAUCAAGGGUGAUUGAUUCCUUAGAGACUUUGACCACAAACCCCCCUUAGGGAUAAUUGAGUCUUGAGUGCCCAAGCUGUAUAAUUUGUCAUGUAUUUUAAGUUAGUCAUGUUUGUCUUAAAUUCAGUAAAUUGCAUUUUAAAAAUCUUUGUUAUAAAGUAUUUGAGCUUCUAGAAAGGUGCUAUUUAAGAAAGGAUUUCUAAUAACAGUUAUAUUUUAAAAACAAAACCCAUGAUAAGGAAAACUAUUUCUAUGUUGUCUGAUCCCAAAGCUUUAUCUACUAAGAAUUAUAAACAAGUAACCAUAGGGAAAAAAAUUUUGCAAUUUCUAUAAAUAGUAUUCUCCUGUUAUGGUUACAAAAGAGCAACUCUAUGCUAAGCAUUAUUUAUAGGCCCUUUUUUUAAAAAAAGACCUUUGUUAGCUAUGUUUACAGUAGAACGGAUAUAGUAAAGGAGUUGAGGUGAGAGAUGACAAUCAGCUAGAUUUUAUUUUCAGAAUAUAAAGAACAUUUAGAAAAUAAUUAAACAGCAUUAACUGUACCUCAGAUCUGCCUUUGCAUCUGAAUAGCACAUAGCUCAAAAGGUCCUUUGAUUACCUUUUUAAUAGUUUUUCCACCCUUAGUUUUUACUUUGAGCAUAUUGUUUUCCUAAAAAUCAGCUAUUUCUUUCCUAUCAUAUUGACUUUAUAUUUAUAUCUGAGCUAACAGUUUACUUCAAAGUAUAUUGGACUUAAUAUCCUCUUAAAGAUACGUAAAUUGGUUUUUAUUGCUUGAUUGGCAGUAUCUGAGAAACUUUUUUAUGAUUAUUUCAUGUGAAUUCUUUUUCUGGGUAAACCAUCUGCCACAGAAAUGGACACUACAGAGAGAUUACUGUUAAUGAGCAAUCGAGAAGCUCCUGGGUCGCUUUAAAACAUUUUUAAUUCUAUAGUUAGUGGGUUCAUAGAGUAUUGUAAUUUCUAAGUUCCUUAAUCAAAGCCCUCACCAAAGUUUCAAAGAAUUUGUCUGCCAAAUCUAUCUUUGCACAAGUGUGAUACUGAUUCAUAUCGGCUUUGCUGAAUGGCCUUUGAUACUUGGACCCAGUGGAAGAUAUGAAACUGAUGAGUAAAAAAUUGUUAAUAUUAUGGACAAGAACACAUUGGGUUUCUGGUAUUUUGGAUAGUGGUAUUAACUGACAAUUCUAAUUUGUUUUCAAGUUAAUAUAUGGAAAAAGUAUUUUUAGUAGUUCAUUGUGCUUCACUCUGGGUGGCAGUUUUUUCCAUCACACUUUGAACCUUUUAUAGUAAAUUUCUAUAGAAACUUGUUCCCUUUACUGUCACCAGAUGAUACUUUAAAUAUACACCAUGUAGUUGAUUGUUAUAAAGAAACAUAAAAUGGGUAUUUUGCUGUCUCCUUUUGGUCGUGUUUACUGUAAUUAUUCAGUUUGGUAUUCUACAUUUAUGGUUGAGUAAACCCUCCAAGGAUUGUAGGUUUAUAACCUGUUUAUUGUAAAAAGAUGUAGUUAGUUAUAAAUACUUGUUUAAAAACUUAAUAAACUUGAGGAAGUGCAGCAUUGGCUGACGCCUGCCCAUAGUGGGCUUCCCAACUGCCUUUAAAGGAUUCAGGUAAAUGCAAACUCUGACCUGUGGUGUGACGCAAGAAAUAAAUAUUAGAGGAAAAGAAAAAUCAUAUAAAUAAAAAAAUUCCAUCAGCAAGGUUGGAGAAGGGAGCUUUUGAGGGGUUUUCUUAGUUUUUAGGUACAGGAGGGAGUGGUGGGGUUAAUUUGUGUUUCUGCUUUUUAUUUUUUUUUUUAAGCAAAUUCCUAUGUUAACAAAAGCACAUGCUGUAUAUUUUGUUCCCCUUUUGUGUGUUUAGUAUUUUGAAGGAUUGAUAAAUGAAUUGGGUAUUUGUAUGUGGGGAUGUUAAAAGUUGUGGCUGCUCUCUUUGUGGAAGGGAAAAGCAAAUGAAGUUAAUGCACUUCUUUUCCUAGCUCUGAAGUCACUGUGAUGUAUAUUUUUUUAAUGAAAUUUAGGAAUAAAGCUAUUGUCGCAAUUGUAUAAUUAGUUUCAAAAUGCUGCUUCUCUUAUCAUUAGUCUAGUAACUGUUAAACUGUUUUCUGCAAACUGCAUUUUACAGAAUUUAAACUUGGAAACUGUAUCAACUUUUAUAGUUAAACAUUGUAUUAAAUAAACUAUACUAUAAUAAACAGUUUGUUUUUGUAUUUUUUAAAUUGUAUUAGUUAUCCAAAUCUUUAUUUUUAUUAAAAGCUAAAAUAAUGAAGAUAAAUCAACUGAAAUAUACUUUUAUUUUACCCAUGGGGAUAUGGAAUUUGUAUUAGGAAUAAACUGAGCAGAGUUUAACAAUAGAGUUUAAGAAUUUAGCAGGCAGUGACAAUUUCUAGAAGGUUUGGAAAUAAGUUCUGGUGUAAAUGUUUAAUCAUGGUCUUCAGAUGGCAGUGUGUCUUUUGCCUCAGCAGACCUUUAAGGUUACACUUGGAAUUUGCAUUACUAUCUACUGGAAUGCUACCGUUUGCUUUUUAAUUCCUCCAAAUUUCUCAGCAUUGGGAACAUGUAUAUCCUGUGCUUGCCAGUUUUAACAUAACACUUGUAAAGCCAUAUAUAUGUUAAUUGACUUUUGUAAAACAAAUUGGGUUUUGUGUUCCUGUUUGGUUUUGUUUUUAUUUAAAUUAGACAUAUUUAGGGAAAAUGCACCUACUUGAGUUAGUCACUGAAAAAAUAUAUGCUUGGGUAAAAACAGUGUGGCCAUUCAGUGAUUUGCAUGUGUUAACAGGUGAACAUUAUUAAUAACUCAAAUUCUGGAGUGUUUGUAAAUGCUUUAGCCAGGAGAAUAUAUAAAAUGUGAGUAUUUCAUAUGGACUUUGCAAAUUGUGUAUUAAAAUACUUUUAGUAUCA